AUGGAGUUCUUAGAUCUGAGAGGGGAUCUUCUGACAACUGCUUCCUGGGACAAGACACUUAAGUUAUGGGAUGUCAGUAUUGGCCAGUGUCUUCAAACUUUUAUUGGUCAUUUAGAAGUUGUAUACUGUAGUCAGUUUGAUGACAAGAAAGUUGUGACAGGGAGUGGAGAUGGGGAUUUGAGAAUAUGGGACAUCUCAUCAGGAGACUGUAUGCAUGUGCUAUCUGGCCAUGAGGCAGAUGUGUAUUGUUUACAGUUUAAUGAGGAUGUGAUUGUGUCUGGAUCAGCUGAUAGUACAUUACGUCUCUGGAAUCACGAAGGAGCAUGCUUAAAUAUCCUCAAGGAACAUGUGGGAGUGGUGAGAUGUCUUGCAAUCAGAGGUUCUCACAUAAUAUCAGGAGGUGAUCGCAAGAAGAUAGUUGUGUGGGAUACUAAAACUGGUGAACUAUUGAAUGUGGUGCAUCGCAAUCCAACGUUACUUCAUCUCAUGUGGGUUAGCGAUACAAAGUUGAUCACGGCAUCCCCCGAAUCACCAGGAACCAUCACAACAAUCAGCUACUGGUGACCAUUUGGAAUCAUUGGAAAGAGCAGAAAAUUGGGUAAGUUGUCAUGAGGAACAAUUACGACAAUGUGCAAGUGGUCACCAUUCAAAGAGGAACCAUCGGAACAAAGGCAACUGGAGAGUCUUGAGGAACCAAGAGAACAUUGAGCAAAUUGGGAGCAUUCAAAAUUACAAAGAGCUAGCUAAAUGUUCAGCAGAUGAUUCAGAACCACAAGCCAUUCAUAACAGUGAGGAAGCACCAUAACCUUACUGGCGUUCCUUCAGAAUGACAUCAGGAACCAUAAUGACAUUAAGCAGCGGUGAUGGUUCAAGUCAUCCUUAGAUGUUGUUGCUAAGGUAACAACUGCUUAAAGCUACGUACACCCGACCCGUGCCUUGUCGUGUUUGUGGAAUAAGUGCGUAGUCGGGGCACUGUGCUGAUUGGGUAGUUGUUCAUUUUUAUUGAAAUCAGUAAAGUCUGUUAUAAAAGAGAGUUUACCUCAGUUUUUGAGAAAAAGAAUUUAUGAAUGCAAUUUUCCAGGCUAGAGUUUAAAAAAAAAACCAAAAACAGGUUGCGUGCCUUUAACAUCAUAGAAAUUUUACUGAACUUUUACAAAAAUGCUUGUAUCUUGAUUGUAAAGUAGGCAUACUAAUCAUCAUAGCUCAAGACCAGUGGUGAGGUAGGGGGAUGAAACCCUGAGGGUCAGGCCACUUCCUUGCUGGCCACAACAUGAUUGGAAUGAAAAAGAAAAUCUUUUUGGGCAGAAUGUGCUCAAAAACAUCUGAGAAGAGUUAAUUGCCCAGAUUUUCUAGGAGCUAGGGGUCAGCAUCCUGCAGCUACACCCCACACUGAGUCUUUUCACAGAUUCACUCUCCCCUUCAACAACACUUUGCAGUGGCUUUUCCUUGGGCUCUAUGAAGAGUCAGUACAAUGUAAUAUAAUUCCUGAUGAUGACAUAAUUAAUGUUGAAAUAUUGAAUCCCAACACGAUGGCGUGCAUUUCUUGGAGUAUGUAGUAUACUAUCUUUUGAGAUUAAUCAGUGGACCUUUCGGUUUUUGUAACAUAAUAGUUUUAACAUUCAUUUUGCUGUUUGAUGAGAUUGAAAU